CUGAGGCGCUCUGGGGAGGACAAGAUGGCGCUGGAUGGCAGCUCGGGGCUGUUUGGGGCCGGGGCGGCGGCGAACCCCCUGUCCCGCUUCACGUGCCCGGUGUGCCUGGAGGUGUACGAGAAGCCGGAGCGGGCGCCGUGCGGCCAUGUCUUUUGUGCUGUUUGCCUUGAGCAGUGUCUAAAACCGAAGAAACCUGUCUGUGGAGUCUGUCGAAGUGCCCUGUCUAUGGGAACCAAAGCUGUGGACUUAGAAAAGCAAAUUGAAGCAACGGAGGCAACCUGUAGUGGAUGCAAAAAAAAUCUGUCUCUAUCAAAAAUGCGUAACCAUGUGGCUUCCUGUUCCAAGUAUCAGAGCUACCUAAUGGAAGGUGUUAAGGCUACCACUAAGGAUAUGGCAUAUCAGCCAAGGAAUAUCCCAAACCGAUUUACCUUUCCAUGUCCUUAUUGUCCGGAGAAGAACUUUGAUCAGGAAGGACUAGCUGAACACUGCAAAAUGUACCACAGCACGGAUACUAAAUCAGUGGUUUGCCCAAUUUGUGCCUCAAUGCCCUGGGGAGACCCUAAUUACCGGAGCGCUAACUUCAUAGAUCACAUUCAGCGCAGACAUCAGUUUUCCUAUGAUACUUUUGUGGAUUAUGAUGUGGAUGAAGAUGACAUGAUGAACCAGGCUUUGCUACGUUCCUUGAUAGAUAAAUGAACUCAAAACUUACGUUUCAGAGUUCUAAGGUUUACGUAGAAGAAGUAGAAGCAGCAGCAUCUUUUUAAAUGGGCGUGAUUAUGGCAAGGAUCAUGGUCAGAGCCCUUUUUUUUUUUUUUGGGUCCUUGAAACUCUUAGAUCCCAUCUUUGCUCCCUUUUUUGGGGCAGGUUUGGUUAUAUUGCACUUCUAAUUUCUGCAUCUCUUUUCUGCAGUGAUAACUGGUGAAUUUUUCUCUUCACCUCUACUGCUUUUGUUUUCAUCCCUUCCAGUAUUUACUGGUUACUUCCUUUAAGCUAGAGUCACCUUCUGGGGCAUUUUAGCAGAAUUGAGAUAGUAGAAAGUCUAAGUUAUUUAUUUUCUUGCCCAUGGAGCUAUGAUAAAGCAUUGAAUGUUUGAGGCGGACUUUGAGCUAGGAUGACCUCUAGUCCUUGGCCCUAUCUAGCGAGGGCUGGGAUUAAUUUUCAUGUAAGGCUUCUUGAAAAUCCUUUUAAGGGUGUUUAGGAUUUAUGGUGUUGCAAAUGAUAAUUUUUGAUUACCUUUCCAUACAACCCAAGCAUACCCCUAAAAUUCCAACUAAUUCAUAGUCUUAAGUUCAGUGCCUAGUAGGGCAUUGGGUGAAAUGUAACCCCUCUUAUCUGCAAAAGUAAAUGUUUCUAGAAUUGAAGGGUAAAAUUCUAAAUCUUUAUAAAUGGGCAGGACAUUUUUCCCCCAGACUGUUGUUGUAUUUUCAGGUGCACUUGCCUGAUAGUAACCCUCCUUAUUUGCAGGUCUCCUUACAUACUUGACCUAAUGUGUUAAAAAUUUCAGGACACUAGAGUUUCCUAAAGGAAAGUGAGGUGGAAAGAGAUUUUUAAGUUAUGAUUUAUGACAGAGUGCUUGGGUUUUUUUUUUCUAAAAGUAGAUAUAUAAACUGAAAAAUUUUUGUUUUAUUUCUUGAACGAUUUCUUUGUGGAAUCAGUUUCAACAGAGAAAUCCAUGUGUAAGAUGUCAUCUUAAAUUCAGUGUAAAAUUUAAGAAAUCAGAAUGCCCUCAGGCAGACUCUAUCAUCUGGAGGUAACAUAGAAGCAAAGUGUUAUCCUCACACACAAAAAAAUCCCCUAAUAUUCAGAACAUUGUAAAUAGAAGUUCUUUGCACAGAAUAGAAAUGUUGUUUUAUUAAUCAUCUGGAUUUCGAGAUUCAUAUUUCUUUUUUAUUCCAGGAAACCUGCUUUGGAAACUGUUCAGGGAAUUUGAAGUUCAGCAUACUUUGCUAAUAUUAAUAAGCACAAGGCCAAAGUGCUUUGAGCCUCUUCUGUAAGAGCUGCGCUCUGCUUGCCUCCUAAUGAGCAGAAGGAGGGUGGAACCAGAUUAGGUUUUGAUCUGGUUCUUUAGACUUCAUGUCUGACUGCUGGAUUUAAUCUAGUCAGUGACUGAUAUUCCAGGUAACCAGACAUGCUUUGGGCCUGUAUGCUGCUAUCCUACCUUUUCUGAUGGGCUUAAGUAGCAUCUGUAAAUGCCAAUUGAUCCCUGAAAGCCUAUAUAACUCCAAGUGCUAGUGGUUUAGUUUUAUCUUUUUGGGCUUUCUUUGCCAUAGUUGGAUCCCAGAGUUGAACACAUUACUGUAAUAUAAGUUCUAGAGAAAUUUCGCUUUGACACUGCAACAAGCUAUAACUCUCUAGAGGUUAGAUAGGAAAAAAUGUGUCUAAACUUUGGGAUUUGAAAGUUUUGACUUUAAUAUCAGACUCACUGGGCAGAGGGAUCAACUUGAUUCCAGUUUUCUUGUAUUAAUCUUAAGUGCACUUCAUAUAUUUCUUGUAAGACCUUUCAGAAAAUGAGAACUUUAUCUUGUUCUGACUUUUAAAAGUCAAAAUAUAAAUAAAUUUAAUAAUUUAUUAAAUUUUCAA